AGUCCGGGCUGCUGCGGUACACGGUUCCCCGAUCUCGGCAUCUCCUUUAAUGUUCCCGGCCAAGUAGCGCAGCGUUGGUGCAACUCAUGCCGUCAACUGGUGGAAGUUCGCCCGUCUAUAUCUAACCGGGGAUAUUUAGCAAGGAGCCAAUGUGAAUGAGAUGCGAAUUAUAGAAGUUGAAUCAUUUAAAGUCCAACUUGAGAAGAUGUGCUGGGAGUCGCGGGAAAGCAAUGUAAUAACAUUCGCUGAAACGGGGGAUGUUUCGUUGCCAAUGGCAACUUGAUAGAAGCGUUUGCCUUUUCGCCGGGGACAUGUUCACGAUCAGGAACGAGCUGGGGGUUUUGCGCUGAACGAGCCGAUUCCACUUCGCCUUCAGGACCGUAUUCACCAGAUCUGAUUGCAGGAUAUUCGCCCUCGGGACCAACAUGGAGAGCGAUGCAGGAGCCGAGCUCCUCAAUAGAUCUUGCUCGGGUCCCCAUGCAACGUGUGAAGUCUCCAACGCCACGGAUUCGAACUCCAUGUACGAGCGCUACCCGGAUUUCUACAUCGUUCUGCCGGUGAUUUACUCCGUUAUCUGCGCCGCGGGCCUGACGGGCAACACGGCGGUGAUAUACGUUAUCUUGAAAGCCCCCAAGAUGAUGACGGUGACCAACGUGUUCAUCCUGAACCUGGCGAUCGCCGAUGACCUCUUCACCCUGGUGUUGCCCAUCAACAUCGCCGACCAUCUCCUGCGCCACUGGCCAUUCGGGGAGGUGAUGUGCAAACUCAUCAUCUCCAUCGACCACUAUAACAUCUUCUCCAGCAUCUACUUCCUGACCGUGAUGAGCAUUGACCGCUACCUGGUGGUGUUGGCCACUGUGCGCUCCGAGAAGUUGCCCCGGCGCACCUACCGGGCGGCCAAGGUGGUCAGCCUGUGCGUGUGGGUGCUGGUCACCCUCAUCGUCUUGCCCUUCACCGUCUUCGCCCAGGUCUACACCGACCCCAUGAACAGGAGAAGCUGCGUGUUGGGCUUCCCCAAACCCGAACGCGCGUGGCUGAAGGCCAGUCGUAUCUACACCCUGAUCCUGGCCUUCGCCAUCCCCGUCACCACCAUCUGUAUCCUCUACACCAUGAUGGUGUACCGGCUCCGCGGCAUGCAGCUCAACUCCAACGCCAAGGCCCUGGACAAGGCCAAGAAGAGGGUGACCCUGAUGGUCUUCAUCCUGUUGGCUGUCUGCCUCUUCUGCUGGACCCCCUUCCACCUCACCACCGUGGUGGCCCUCACCACAGACGUCCAGGAGACCCCCCUGGUCAUCGGCAUCGCCUACUUCAUCACCAGCCUGAGCUACGCCAACUCCUGCCUCAACCCCUUCCUCUACGCCUUCCUCGACGACAGCUUCCAGAAGAGUUUCAAGAAGUUACUGGAGUGCAGGGCAGCGUAGACUGGUCAUGUAGGGAGGUGAAUUGGUUAACUCAACAACCUGGA